CUAUAUUGGAUUUUAUAUGACGUUACAGUCAACCAGUGAGAUGUAAUUAUAGGAGUGGCAUUUACAAAUUAACUGUAAUAGAUAGUAGUGUUGUAGAGAACGUGAUCAUUCUAAUUACGGAUGUUUAAAAUUGGAAUGUUCAAUGGCUGUGAAUAUGGAAGUAGAAAAGAAUACAUCCAAAGAGAUUGACACUCAACUUUCGGCAAACAAUUCGAUGGUAUUUAAUGACGAUAUUCAAAAAGACAACGAAAAUAUUAAAGAUGUCGAAAAUUCAUUAUCUUCUUUUAAAAAUAUAACGAUUGAUAGUGAAAAACGUGACGAUACUAUAUACGCACAACUUGAAAAUUCUCAAAUUUAUGCAAAAAAUUUAGAAGAUAAUUUAGUGUCUACAAAUGAAGAAGAGGAAAAAAGUGAUGAAGAUAAAGAAAAAGAAUUAUUACAAGAUGAAAAGAUCUUAAAGAACGACUGUAAAACUGAACCACUAGAAGGAAAAUCAGAAAAUUCCACUGAUGGUUAUGUCUCACAAGCUCCGUUAGCUUUCACAAUUGAUUUUGGUAAUAAAGAAGUGGAUAUAACUAAAUAUCAGAACUUAUUUGAAAGAUAUAAUGCUAGACAUAAAAGAAAUUUGUCUGCAUCAAAGGUAGAAAUAAAUACAAAAAAACCUGUUACUUUAGUUUCUCCAAAUUUAAUGCAAAAACAAAAAGUUUCUAGUACACAUUCUGAAGGCUAUUUUAGUAGUGAAGAUGAUACAAAACGAAAAACAGAUCAGUUGUCAGAGAAACUAAAACAAUUGGGUUCAAAAUCACUUUUAAAACCAUCACCUGUCUUAAAAAAAUCUGAAUCUAAUGUAAAAGUAUCAAAUUUUCAAAAUAAACAAGACACAAUGAGUAAGUCUUUUGAACAAUCAAAAAAACCUAAACUUCCUUAUAAAAAUUUGUCUCUAGAACUUGGUUAUACAGAAAAAACAAGUGUAAAAUCAUAUUGGGUACCACAGAAAUCUGCUACGAUAAAUGAUUUAAGUAGAAUUCAAACAAAUAAUUAUGAUGAUGAUACAGAAAAGUUGUAUACAAAGAAUAUUGAUCAAGAAGAUGAAUAUGAACAUUCAUCUGAUAAUUUGUCUGAAAAAGUGUCUAAUAUCAAUUAUGUUAGAAAUAAAACCAUACAUGCGAAAGAAUCCAACUUAUCUAGUGUUAGCUAUACAAUGGAAGUAAAUCCAGAUGAUCAAGCUGAAACAGAUAUAGAUGCUUUCAAUGUGAGUAAUGUUGAUGGGGGAUCAGAUGGAGCAAUUAGUGAAGCAGGGACAUAUACAAUUCAUAAAGAUUAUACAGAUGAAGAGAAAGCUAGAAUGGAUAUUGAUAAGGUAUUUAAUGUUGGUAUUUUAACUGAAGAUGAAAGUAAUGAAGCUUGUAUUCACAGUUUUAAGAUGAGUGUUUCAAGGGAUAACAAUACAUGGAUAUCAGAAUGGGCCACUCAAGUAGCAGAACAUAAUUCUCUUCCACCAGCUAUUGGUGGACCAACUGGUCGUACUCCUCCAUUAAGUCCUUCUAAAAUACCAUCUCCUAUUUAUGGCAGAUCUUUACGAUUGGCUCGUAGUCGUAAUGAACAAAGUGACAGCAGUUUAGAUGCAGAAUCAUAUUUGCGAAUAAAAGAAAAAAUUGGUUUAAUUUCAAACCAACAUAUACUUAUUGAUUCUGGUGGAGAGUCAGAUGAUGAUACCAGUAAUAGUUAUAAUACACCUCCACAAAGUUCACAAAGAACCCCAGUCCAUGGGGUUUUGACCAGGAGAGGAAGUUUAUCUGAAUCUCUUUUUAGAAGAAUUAACACCAACGAAAAUAGAAGAAGUAUCCGCAAAUAUAUAAGUUCAAAUAAAUCAAAGACUGAAGAUACAAAUGCAGAAUUAAGUAGUCCGUCCAAAGAUUUCACUUCUCUUCAUUUAGGAAGAAGAAGUAGUUCCUUGGACAGGAGAGACUAUACAUCUAACACAGAAGAAUGUAAUACGUCCAAAAGUAGUAUGAAAUACUAUCAAGAUGAUGAAAUUAAGUACUCAAAUAGUCCAGUUUUAAGUCGUUUAAGACCAUCUACACCAAAAUUAACAAACAGUCCAAUUGUAACCCGCAAAACCGUCACCAAAAUUGUUAAUUCACCAGUGUUGGAAAGAACUAAACAUUUGACAAAAUCUUCUCCACAAGCCAAAAAUAUUGGUUAUUUUACAUGUGUUGAAAAUAGUCCAUAUAUGUUAAGAAAAUCUAAUAGCACUGCAAAUUAUCAGGAAGGAAAUGUUGUCUUUAGUACAACAACAGACAGUGUUCUUCAAAAUAGUCCAAAUCUUAAACGUAAUUUAAAUAUCCAAAGAUCAUGUAGCAAUGCAAAUAUUAGAAAUGUAAAAUCACAAAGCCAGUCAUCCCGUCGCAGUAGCUUUAAUAGUAGUGAUAUUGACAGAACAUCUUUAGGAGGAAGAUAUCUUGGUGCUUCUGACAGUAGCAGUGAAACUGGUGAACAGCAAGCAAAAUCUUCAUUAGGUUCAAUUUCUUCUGGAAUUAAGUUAAAUCGAGCUUUUAGUAUAAGAAGAGCUAGAUUAAAUUGUGAAUCUGAUACAACUCCAAAUACAACCCCUGAAGAAAGACGCAGAAGAGCACAAAGUGAAGUAAAAUCAACACCUUUAAAUAAACAGCAAAAUUACCAUCGAAGUCGUACAAGUAAUAUGAAUGUACAUAAUAAAGAAUCUUUAAAAAAAUCUGAACCUUCAAAACCAAGAGCUGCAACUAUAUCAAGAACUGAUAGUACCAGACUUAGUAUAAGAGUACCAAAAUCAUCUCAUCAUGUUUCAACAACACAACGACCUAUUCAAAAAGUGUGUAAAGAUCAGAAGAAAUCUGGUAGAAGUAAUUCAACAUUAACAUCAAAGGAGGUAGAAUUCCAAAAUUGGAAAAGAAGAAAAAGUUAUGAUCCAAUGAAAGCAGCUGCUGAAGGCAGAAAAAAAUUGAUAGAUAAUUCAAAAAAACAUCAUAGCACAGAAGAUAGUUCAGGAAAUCACGAUAACUCUGUAUUACGAUCGGCAAGUUUUCAUGGAACAGGUGGUGCUCUUUCAUUAGCUAAUGAAUGGUCUGACAACGAAUUAAGCAUUCAGAAUGACAAUCAAGUACCUCCACCAUGUAGUCCACAGUUGGAAAGUGAUAGCGAUAUAGAAACAUCAUAUUAUUUACAAACAACACAAAAUGUAAUGUCAGCUAUGUCUGCUCGUAUUACGGUCUGUCAUUCACCUUUAGUAGAUUCAGAUAAUGAUAGCGAUGAAGAUACUAGUCAUAGUUUACAUAAAAGUAUAUCAAAAACAUUACAUCAACCUAGCGAUACAGAGAGCAGUGAUGAUCGCCAUCCUAACGCACAGAGUGCUAUUUCAAACACGAAGUAUAAUCGCGCGUUUAGUUUACGUAGAGCAAGAUUAGAUUUGCAACCAACAAAACUACCCGGAAAUAUUAAUAAAAAUAAACCAGUCACACAAGAUACUCGCAAAUCUGAAUCUGUUACAAGUAUUAGUAGAACUGAUUCUGGGCGUUUUAGUAUGAGGUCAAAUCGAACUACAAAUACUGGAUCUAAGAUAAAAUCAAAAGAAACAAAGAAACCAGCAACACCAAAUGCAAGAGAGGUUGAAAUGCAAAAUUGGAAACGUCGUAAAAGUUAUGAUCCUAUGAAAGCAGCUAUGGAAGGAAGGAGAAAAGCAGGUUUAGCAAAGAAAAAUACGAAUGCCAAUCUUUCUCCGAGCAAUGUUGCAAGAUCACGUAGUUUCCAUGGCUCAUCAGGAUUUGGAGUUAGUGAUUGGAGUGAUGAAGAGUUGGCUAUAUCUGCAGAUGAAGCUGCAAUCUAUUAAAGGUCAAGUUAUUAA